UUGCUACAAUUCAGUCUAUCUAUAGUAAGAGAAGGAGUUAUUGUUUGUGUUUCUUUGUAGAAAUGGUGACUUCAGGAGCUCUUCAUCCUAAGUGUAAGAUAUGUGUCUUUAUGGGAAAGACUGAUCCUAAAGCUUCUACCCACCAGCAACAGAGUAUGAUUCUCGUUCCCAUGGAUGCCCCAGGUGUCAAGAUUAUACGACCUUUGAGUGUCUACGGUUACCAAGACGCACCAGGAAUACUUCAGUGUAUGCGACUAAUAGGUCAUGCUGAAAGGUCACUUAGUCUCAUGGUACAAAGGACGAUGAAUAGAGUGGCUUUUGGAAAGCCUUUAGCAGCUCAGGGAACAAUUCAAGCAGACGUCGCACAGUCAAGAAUAGAAAUUGAACAAACUAGACUAAUGGUGCUAAAAGCUGCCCAUAUGAUGGAUAACUAUGGCAACAAGGUAGCAGCUAAUGAAAUAGCAAUGAUAAAAGUUGCGGCACCAAAUAUGGCGUUACGUGUGAUAGACAGAGCUAUUCAGAGUCACGGCGGAGCUGGACUAAAUUACGACUGUCCUUUGCCUUAUUUCUUUGCCGCAGCACGGACUCUUAGACUUGCUGACGGUCCCGUCGAAGUUCACGGCGGACGGUGGCGCCAGGAAGUUACAGGAAACAUGCCCAAGUGUGAUAGUGUUAUGAAAUAA